AUGCUUCGCAAGUGCCCCCUGCUGCGGUGGCGUCCGGAAAAGCGACUGCCGCUGCGCUUCCGGGCCGUACCGGAGGAGUUCACCGACCUCCGCACUGCGGACAGUCGCCCGGUGCUCUUCACUGCAAAGCGGCCAGCCCCGUUGCGCGACGUGACGCGGCUCAGCGAUGUGCUGCUGGAUAACACGGCUUUCUCCACGCACAACCCGGAGGAUAUGGCACAGAAGCCGGUGGCCGUCGUCGCGCCCGAGCGCAUGGGACUCCCGGAUCAGCUCGUCGGGUACUUGGAGCACCGUUUCCUCGACACCAACCGCAGCCUCUCCACGACGGCCGCCGCCGCGACAUCUCCGGCGUCGUCCUCAACAUUGUUUCAGGGCUUCACUGUUGCGCAGGCACGUAUCCUGCAGCACAUGUACGCCACGCAGGACGUUGCCGUCUGUGCCCCCACCGGCACGGGAAAGACGUUUGCGCUGUGUCUCGGCGUCGUUGCGCGACUCAUGCGCGAUGGGCCCAUGAAGCUCCUCUCCACCAUCAUCCUUGUCAGCAACGACUAUCUGUGCUGGCAGGUGGAGAGGUGGCUGCAAGAGAUGUGGUGGUACCCAAACGACGACCGCCUGGUCUUCGCCGCCACGAGCAACCUCACUGAGGAACACGUGUACCGCCGACUGACGAAGGAGAUUGUACGGGAUGCGCACGAGAGCAGAAAGAUUGUCGGCACCAUCGACAACCGACCGUACAUCGUGGUUACGACGCCGGACGUGCUCUGGCGCUUUUACAAGCGCCGCCGCGCUGCCAUUCAGAAGCGGGAGCAUCGAAAAAACAGAAAAGGCUACUCCUUCUCCCUCACGCCGGUCCUCUCCACGGUCGACCUCAUUGUGGUGGACGAGGUGGACGAGGUGAUGCCGUCGACGCAGCCGAGCGCCGCCGGCAAUCUACUGCUCAAAGAGCUGUUCCGCUACACCAAGUAUCAGGCCCCCGUGCAGGUGGUCUUGACGAGUGCCACCCUAGCCGGGUCAACGGUGAAUCACAUUCGGCGCUACAUGAAGAAGAAUCUGCUGGCGGACCGCACAGCGCGGGUGUUCGAGGAAGCGAAGGAGUCGGCCACGCGGCUGACCGCCGUCUCGGACACGGUCUCACGCGCAGCCGUGCCGCGUAGCAUUCGGCAUCUCUUCUACACGGCUGACACCCAACGGGAGCAGCGACAGUGUCUCGCAAAAGUGUUCGCUGCGACGUGCCCCAGCCUGCACCCGCUGCGCUCCGGCAAGGGCGAAGCGGGGGAUGGCGAAUCGUCGGACCCCACAAGCGCCGCCGCUGCUGAGCAUCAAGACUACAUUCUCCUCAUUCUGCCGGACUGUGCCAAGGUGGAGGACUUUAUCAGCCACGUCCUUCUCCCGGGCCAAGCGGAUGCGCUGCGCACCCUCGGCUCACAAGAUGACGUGCGGUGUACCGACUACUUCGUAGAACGGCUGGACUACACAGUGCAGGUGCAGCAGCAACAGCGGCGCCGUGCCGAGACGCGCAAGUUCAUUCAGCGCACCGUGCGAAAGGCCGAAGUCUUGGACGGCGAUGUGGGGUAUCCCUCCUCUGCGCCGCUGCCCUCCAGUCUGUUUCGACGACUCGAGCGAGAGGUGAACGUGACGACACCCAUACCCACUGCGGCGAGUGAGUCACAGGCGCCGAUGACGAAGCCGUUGGAGACAUCGCCGGCUGUAUGUCCGGCCGACUCGCUGACAGCCUUGUCUUCUCCUCCACGGCCGCUGCGGCGCUGCUUCAUCACGUGCACCUGCAGCAACGUGCGUGGACUGGAUCUGCCACACCUGACCCACGUCAUCAUUCUCGCCCAGCCGACUACCGCACUCGAGUACGCGCACUGGUGUGGCCGGGUGGGGCGCUUUGGCCGUCCUGGGGUGUCGGUCACACUCAUGGCACGCAGCGCAACGCGCCGCCUGCACCAGUUCUGUGACUCUCUCGGGAUUGCUUUUCGUGUGGAGAAGCGGCAUGCAGAGGUGGACGUUAACGCGGAGCGUUGGCUGAGCGGUGCGGACACGGCGUUAUAA